AUGGUAUCAACACGCGGACACCCGCAAGAAUUCCCGGAAACACCCACUCGCACACCUACCAUCCCCUCUCGCAAUCCCCUCCGCAAAGGACCAUGGGCGCAUACCCCCUCUAACCUCACCAUCAUCUGGCUCUUUAUCUCUCUACCACUCGUAGCAUGGGAUGCCGGAUAUGUAAUGCUUCGACCUCUUUCUAUGCCGGGCGGGUCACUGCAUUGGCCCAUUUGGGCGCCGUAUGAAUUAUACGGCAAGGUCGAUUAUAUAUAUGGAUGGAAGGCUUAUAAUGAGCACAAUGGAUUUACGGCCGCGCAGACCUUUUUAAAUGUUAUUGAGAGCGGCAUGUAUUAUUACUAUUUGUAUAUUUUAUAUGCUUAUGGGAAAUCAUCGGCUGCUCAAGGCAGAGGUGCUCCAAAGAAUUCGGGGUUUCUUGGAGAGCAAAGGUUUGUGGAUGGGAAGAUGGGGGCGGUGGCUGUGUUGGUGGGUUAUAGUGCUGCUGUUAUGACUGUGAGCAAGACGCUGUUGUAUUGGAUGAAUGAAUAUUAUUCUGGCUUUGAAAAUAUUGGUCAUAAUAGUAUUCGUGAUCUUAUAUUCUUAUGGAUCAUUCCAAAUGGUGCAUGGCUAGUUGUUCCUUCGUAUAUUAUAUAUGUGACUGGAAGUGAAAUUGUUCAAGGUUUAACCAUUGCUGCUGGAGGAGCUACAGCUUCGAAUGAUGAUGUUUCUUUGGCAAAGACAGAAUGA